GACACACUCAGAGGAGAGUCUCCACUUUCUUCCUUCUUUACCUCACCGGCAGCUAAAGGUUUAAAGGAUAUAUUCAAAGAUAUAUUGCUGAGAUUCACUUUUUUAUUCUUUUUUUUUUAUAUAAUGACGUGCUGCAUAAAUCGUGCAAUUUUUUUCUCAAAUAAUUUCUUUACAUUUAGAGUGUGCGGGUGAAAGAAAUAAUGCACAAGAUAAUUUUGUAAGAUAGAUAUCAUUUUUUAUUAGGCAAGGCUACUAUGUGUAAGUUUGGAGCACGCGGAGCAACGUGAUGCCACACAGAUAAAAACCUGCACGUGAGCGCGGCGUGGGUCAGUCAGUCACCAGGUGCACGCGCCAACACUGAGAGCGCAGCUCCAACAGAGCGGAGCAGCGAAACAAACCGGAGUCCAGAACCGGAUUAUUAUUAUUAUUUGUUUGUUUGUUUUUACUUAACUUGAUUUUUCUUAAACAACCAUGUGGUUCAUCAAUAUCGCGCUGCUUAUCCUAAAGUUAUCCGUGUCGGCUGAGGGCUUUUCGACGUGCCAGUCUUACGACUUGGACGAUCACAAGUCCAAGAGGAUAGAGGCAGUGCGCGGACAGAUCCUGAGCAAACUGCGUAUCCGAUCUCCACCAGAUUCCGCAGCUCCCCCGCAGCCCGAAUCGGUGCCUUUCGAGGUCAUGCUGCUUUAUAACAGCACCAAGGACCUGCUGAAGGAGCGCGCGCGCCAUGCCGAGUGCGAGCGCGAGAGCAGCGAGGAAGAUUACUACGCUAAAGAGGUGCAGCGAGUGGACAUGCUGCCUCAGCGCCCCGACCCCAAUGCCAUAAACACGGUGCCUCAGAGUCCAUACUUCAGAGUGGUGAAGUUUGACGUCACCAAUGUAGACAGAAAUUCUAGCACACUUGUCAAGGCAGAGUUCCGCAUAUACAGGGUGCAGAACACGCAUGCACGAGCCACGGAUCAGCGAGUCGAAAUAUACCAGAUUCUGAAAUCUGAUGAUAUUACAGGUUCCACUCAUAGGUAUAUAGAUUCCAGAAUCGUACAGCCACGAGCCAAGGGGGCAUGGCUGUCGGUUGACGUCACAGAGACUGUGAAAGAGUGGAUGGCUUAUAAAGAGAAGAACUUGGGCCUGAUGCUUAGUGUUCAUUGUCCAUGCUGCACAUUUGUCCCAUCCACAAAUAAUAUUAUGCCCAACAAGAGUGAGGAGUUGGAAGCUCGAUUUGCAGGUGUAGAUGAUGACCUGAAUCGCCCUAACCGCAGGCCAGGUCUGACUAAAGGCCAGAUAGAGUUCAGUACUAAAACACCACACCUCAUACUGACCCUGCUGCCCACAGAUCGUUUGGAGAACCCCAACAAAAAGAACCGCAAGAAGAGGGCAGCCGCUGAUGCUACAACAUGCUCCAGGAAUGCAGAUCAAGGCUGUUGUUUAAGGUCUCUGUACAUUGACUUCCGUCGGGACCUAAACUGGAAAUGGAUCCAUGAACCGAAAGGAUACAAAGCUAAUUUUUGUGCUGGCAAUUGCCCGUAUUUGUGGAGUGCAGACAAUCAUUAUAAUAUGAUUUUGCCACUUUAUAACAAAAUGAAUCCCGAGGCAUCUGCAUCCCCCUGCUGUGUGCCCCAGGACCUGGAGCCUCUCACUAUCGUUUAUUUCCUUGGUCGGACUCCACGGGUGGAGCAGCUCUCAAACAUGGUGGUCAAAUCCUGCAAAUGCCGCUGACUGCUGGAGGUAUGGAAGUAGCCACGCUGAAGAGAUAGAGCGCACAGGAGAGGACGCAGGAGAUGCAGUAGAGCAUGGACAAUAUCUGGGGACUGCCAGAAGAUUGAGCGAAAACAACUCAGAUGUUGGUGCGCACAUUUUCUUUUUCUCAGGUUUCACUCAUUUCGAGUCGAUUCAGAGAGAUGCACAGCAUUAAUCGAUAUUGUAAAUCAUUCAAAUGAAACUGUUUCAGGUACAUAAAUGCCAUUCAGUCUUGUUGUCCUUCAUGUUUCAAACUGUUUUUCUAUCAUAGUGUUUUAGUCUGAUGCAGCUUCAGUUUAAAGAAAAUAUUUAAAAGACGGUAGUCAAAGAACCACGAGGAGUUAGAACAUGACCUAGUUGUGCAAAAGCAGUUUAUUGUAGAACUGUAGAGCAGUUGUUUUUGAAUUGUUUUGAUUUCACAAAGUGUACAUAUUUUUCCAGACAGGUAAGGGUUUUAUGUUUAUACACCAAAUAAAAGCUGAUUACAUGACA